GCAUACAAUGAUCUAUUCUUGACAAUAUUUAUCUUUUAUCUCCAUUGACUCUGUUUGCAGUCUCCCUCUCCACCGUCUCAACUGAUUCUCCCGCAUCAACCACCCCAUUCAUGGCUACUUGGCAUGGACGACCACGACGAGGACUUCUUCUCCGACGAUGGAUUCGAUGAUUUACCCCCUGCGACAUUGCUCCAACUGGAGCAGAGUGCAUAUCGUUCCACCCAAGCUCAUCAGCAGAAGCCUUCCCUCCCUCCGCCCACAAGACCCCCAGAACCUCCACGAACCUUUGCAUCACGAGACAUAGGGCAGUCCGGCCUUGCGAAUACAAACUCGAUCCCUUCGCGACUACAGAGUGGUCUGACAAAUGAAUAUGGGAAUUUGGAUGUGGGGGAGUUGGACGCGGAGGUGUUUGACGAUGAUCUGGGAUCUACGAGCCCGUUGGACCAGGCGAUGGCCUUUGCGGAGCAGGAUGCGCUCCAGCAGCAGCAAGGCCAUGUCCCGGUGGUGGAUAGGGAUCCUCGGGCGUAUAAUCAUCCUGCGGACGACUACAUGGAUGAGGAUCUCAUAGGCGACGAGCCGGGGAUCAACAAUGCUUACAAUUCUCUUAUGGAAAAGUUGGCAUGGGAAAACGAACGCAAUAAACAGGCCAUGGAAGAGCUGGCCGCGGCCAAAUCUCUAGCUGAAACCAAGGCCGGCGAGAUCGCGAUCAUCCGUUCAAAUCAAGCGAAACUAGCCCAGAACUAUGACCGGCAAAUGGCAGCACUACGUCAGUCGAUGGAGGAGGAGGCGCUGAAGAAUAAGAAGGACUUGGAAGCUCUACGCACAGAAGGGAAGAUGCUGGCUACAGAGAAUGCAUUUCUGCGACAAGAUUUGGCGGACGAGGUGAUGCGCAUCAAGGAUCUAAAAGCAAAAACGAAAGCCGUGGAGAAAGCACCGCCCGUGACUCCGAAGAAGCCUAAGACUCUUCCAUUUCGCGAUGGCUUCGACGACGACGAGAUCAUCGCGGUUUCGCCCAGCAAGUCUGCCGCUAGGUCUAAACAGACGACACCCGUCGUACCGGGCAAGAGAAAGAGACAGCUGAGCGAGGACAGCCCGACAAAGCUACAGCUAAGCGGACGGGUCAGAGAACCGGCGGCCGAAGAGACACCCGGGACAUUGUCGGAUGAUGCGAUGCUGCUGGAUACAGAUGUGAACGAGGAACAGAAUCAAGAGCCUCCGCCCCCGCCAAAAGAGGAUAUCAGCCUUCGAUUCAUGAAGCGCAUCUUGGAUCAUCGGACUUGGCCAAACGAAGAACGGGAUCUGGAAGUAAUGGCCUCGUUGACGUUCCCAUCGGAGCCAGAGCGGAAGUUGUCGAGCAUUGUCCUGGAAGAAACGGCCAGGCUCGAAUUGGGUAACUACGCGGAAGGAUAUGCGCGGAUCAUUUCUGUACUAUGGUCGCGCUCGUUGAAAGAGAAACUCUACACGCCUAUUCCAAUGUUCAUGGUGAUUAUCAAUUUCCUCUUAGGCUUGGACAUGUGUUCAUCAGUACCGGGAAUGAUUGAGCCUGUCGUGCCCGUGCUGCAAGACUCGGGAGACGUCAACGGCGUACCACGAUUCAAGCACUCCCCCGUUUGGCGACAGAACCUAGGACAAAUUCGUCAGACGCCACAAUCCCAGCUAGAGCACGACGUCAACUCAACUGAAGCGCUAAGGCUGCUCUAUCGAAUGGUAUCCGGAUGUCUACAUCUCAGCGGCGCAUUAGAAAACUUCUGGCGCCACAUCCGCUACGACUUCAUCCUGAUGAUGCUGAACUGCUCGCAGCCAAUCCAGGACAUCAUCCUAACCUUAGACCUACUAAUAACCAGCAUCCGCGACGACUCCUUUGGCCCCAUCCGCGCGACAGAAGCCGACCAAAUCGCCAACGAGAACUACAUUGUCGACCGGGUCGCAAACCUCCUCAGCGAAAUGCCACAGGUAGACGAGGGACAAGAAGCGUAUACGAAGAUGGAGAUCUGCAAUAUGCGACAGGAGGCGCUAUCGCUGUUAAUGGCGAUAGCCUUCCCACCCAUGUCCCCGGGGAAUGAACACGGCAGUGCCGUGAUCGCAAACCAUCCAACCGUCCUGGCAAGAUUGAUACGAGCGAUGCACGAUGAACUGGAUUCGCUGUACUCGUACCCACCUGAGCGAGAUAUGCACGCGUCAUUGGUGAAUGCGUUGAUGCGGUUGGUUUACGGGGUUAUGCAGCGGCACGAGGGCGUGGAUUUGCAGUCAAAGCUGGGGAAGGUUGCGGGAGGAAAGCAGAAGUUUAUUGUGGUGUUAACAAGGCUUGCAUUUAGUGAAGGAUUGGUGUUGGAAGAGGGUAUUGAGGACGAGACGGUGGAAAUGGCGCAUGAGAUGUUGGACGACGCGGUUAAUCCGCAAGAGGCGGAGGCGUUGUUGGAGGCAUUUCCCAGCGCGAGCAGGACGGAGUAGAACAUGAAUUUACGAAUAUUUAAUAGCAUAUUUGGAGUUUUAAAAUACCACAAUACAAUCAAAUUUAGUCUCUUGCUUAUACACAACUAAGGUGCUCUACAGUAACCUCUUCUCCACCCUUGGGCAUAUAGCCCAAGACCUGAUGAAAAGGAAAUAGAAGUGCUCCCUAAGGAACGGUGCCAAAGAAUACGCCUGUCAAUGACCCGAAGGCCGUUGAACGGACUGGUCCGCCGCGCUGUGCAAUGCAGGGCCCAAUCCGUGGUAAGCCGCCUACUUGAGCGCAGCCACCCAAACAAGGUAAGUAU